AUGGAUCAUUUAGUUUUAAAAUUAACAAGGAAAAAUGCUGAGAGUGAAGAAUGUUGUUCAACUCAAGUUAUCAACGGAGAUGGUUCAUUCAAUGAUGAGGGAAUUGAUCAUUUUGUCAAGGAAAUAAAACUUGCUGAAUGUGGGUUGUCAUAUGCUGUGGUUUCCAUCAUGGGACCGCAAAGUAGCGGUAAAAGCACACUGUUAAACCAUUUGUUUCACACAAAUUUCAGGGAAAUGGAUGCAUUUAUGGGAAGGUCUCAAACCACUAAAGGUAUUUGGAUAGCAAAAUGCGCUGGUCUAGAGCCUUGCACCCUAGUAAUGGAUUUGGAGGGCACCGAUGGAAGAGAACGUGGAGAGGAUGACACAGCAUUUGAGAAACAAAGUGCGCUUUUUGCACUGGCAGUUUCAGAUAUAGUACUGAUAAACAUGUGGUGUCAUGAUAUUGGUCGCGAGCAAGCAGCUAAUAAACCUCUUUUGAAAACUGUAUUCCAGGUUGAGGUUGUUGCACUUUCUAGUUAUGAAGGAAAGGAAGAGCUGUUUAAGGAGCAGGUGGCUAAUUUGAGACAACGAUUCUUCCACUCUAUUGCACCCGGGGGGAUUGCAGGAGAUCGGAGGGGAGCAGUACCGGCUUCAGGGUUCUCUUUUAGUGCACAACAUAUCUGGAAAGUCAUUAAGGAGAAUAAGGACCUUGAUCUUCCAGCCCAUAAGGUCAUGGUGGCUACGGUACGCUGUGAAGAAAUUGCCAGUGAAAAGUACACUAGUUUUACAUCAAAUGAGAAUUGGCAUUCGUUGGAAGAAGCUGUAAAAUCUGGUCCCGUUGCUGGCUUUGGGAAGAAGCUAAAUUCAAUUCUCUACACUUCUCUAUCAGAAUAUGAUGCAGAAGCCACAUAUUUUGAUGAAGGUGUGAGAUCUGCAAAGCGAAAGCACCUUGAAGAAAAACUGCUCCAACUUGUCCAACCAGCCUACCAAUCCAUGCUAGGACAUUUAAGGAUCGAAACUCUUGAAAAAUUUAAGGAAGCAUUUGAUAAGGCUUUGAAAGGAGAUGAGGGGUUCUCAGUGGCUGCUUGCAAGUGCAUUAAAACUUACAUGGCUUCAUUUGAUGCAGGAUAUGCAGAUGCUGCUGUUGAGCUAGCAAAUUGGGAUUCCUCCAAAAUCAGGGAUAAGCUACGUCGUGACAUUAAUGAUCAUGUUGCUUCUGUUCGAGCUGCCAAGCUUUCAGAGCUUACGUCUUCCUAUGAGGCAAAGCUGAAUGAGGCAUUAUCUGGACCUGUUGAAGCACUCUUAGAUGGAGCUAAUAAGGAAACCUGGCCAUUGAUAAGGAAACUUCUGCAGCGUGAAACCGAAUCAAUUCUCUCUGGACUGUCCACUGCUCUCCCUGGUUUUGACAUGGAUGAACAAACCCAGAAGAAGACUCUAACGAGUCUAGAGAAUCAUGCGAGAGGUGUGGUUGAAGGGAAAGCAAAAGAAGAAGCAGGAAGGGUAUUAAUCCGUAUGAAGGACAGGUUUUCUACAUUAUUUAAUCACGAUUCUGAAUCAAUGCCACGGGUUUGGACCGGGAAAGAAGAUGUUCGAUCCAUCACUAAAACAGCUCACUCUGCAGCCUUAAAGUUGCUAUCUGUUAUGGCUGCAAUCCGGUUGGAUGAUAAUGUCGAUAACAUUGAGAAUACACUUUGUUCUGCCUUGUUGGAUACCAAAGGCAUUGCUUCUGUGACUAAAUGGGGCAGUACAACAUCUGAUCCAUUGGCCUCUAGCACUUGGGAUAAGGUUCCACCCAACAAGAUAUUAAUCACACCUGUCCAGUGCAAGAUUUUAUGGCGGCAAUACCGGGCAGAGACAGAGUACUGUGUCACUCAGGCCAUUUCUGCUCAGGAAGCCAACAAGCGUAGCAACAACUGGUUACCACCUCCAUGGGCAAUUGUUGCUUUGAUCAUCUUGGGAUUUAAUGAAUUUUUGACUCUUCUAAGAAACCCUUUGUAUGUGGGUAUCAUCUUUGUUGGUUACCUUAUGCUGAAAGCUCUCUGGGUGCAGCUCGACAUUUCUGGUGAAUUCAGCCAUGGUGUUUUACCUGGGAUAAUUUCCCUAUCAACCAAGUUCAUUCCCACGAUUAUGAGCCUUCUGAAAAAAUUAGCAGAGGAAGGGCAAGCAGCAGCAAAUAACAACCCUCAAUCAACCAAUGCUUCAGCAUCUAAGAGCUUGCCAAACACUUCUCCUCCAUUACUCACUGCUUCCUCUACAGUAACUUCAUCAGCAAACGGUACCAAAGAAGAAUAAUCACCAACUUAUUUCAUAUAUAUAUACUAUAUAUGUUAUUCCGACUUGAAUAUGUUGGAUACGUGGGCGAGACCAACGGAUGGGUUACUAGACUGUAACGUGGAUGCUUAUAACGCUUCUACUUUUGCGGCUAUUGUGCGUGAUAGUAAUGGGCUUUGA